ACGCAUCAUCCUUUCCACUGCGAGCGGCGUCCUGGAUUUCGGAAGAACGCGUUCUCUUUACGCAGCUCUAUACAGCGCGUAAAUGAGCGCGUGCACUUGCUUUUACGCGGUUAAAGACUGAAAGCGAAAGCGCCGGCGUCAGGUGCGCGGUUUGCAAGGCGCGCAACUUUACGCACGCUUUCUGAAGGAUACGCGAGCGCCAGAUCAUCCUCUCUUGUGGCACCUGCCGAGAGAGCAAACCGACUCGAGUUCGGUUCGGAACUGCGCUUCACUGAACGGAUAGUAAGACGCUCAAACUUCCCACGUCGCGCUCGAGCUCGCGCCCCGGAUCAGCUGCUCGCCUGGAGCCCUGGAUCCCGAUCCUGACCGAGAGCGUGUUCAAAAGAUACCAAAUGGUUUUUCUUUGGGACGCCAAAUACGAACCUGCGCCUGGGCGACGCUUCACGCCUCCCUCGACCACCCUGAGCUCGGGGAAGAUGAACGAGGGGUUGCCCCUGGGGGCUCAGGAGAGCAGCGGCGCCGCCCUGGUGGGCAAACUGCGCAUGGCUGACCGGAGCAUGGUGGAGGUGCUUUCCGACCACCCAGGAGAGCUGGUGCGCACCGACAGCCCCAACUUCCUGUGCUCCGUCCUGCCGACCCACUGGCGCUGCAACAAAACACUGCCCAUCGCCUUCAAGGUGGUUGCCCUCGGCGACAUUCCUGACGGCACUUUGGUCACGGUGAUGGCGGGCAACGAUGAGAACUACUCCGCCGAGCUCCGCAAUGCCACGGCCGCCAUCAAGAAUCAAGUGGCUCGUUUCAACGACCUGCGUUUUGUUGGCCGCAGCGGACGAGGCAAGAGUUUUACUCUCACCAUCACCGUCUUCACGAACCCUCCUCAGGUGGCCACGUAUCAGAGAGCCAUAAAGAUCACUGUAGACGGACCCCGAGAACCACGACGCCACCGACAGAAGCCGGAUGAAGCAGUAAAGCCAGGCGCGUUAGCUUUCUCUGAACAGUUGCGGCGAAGUGCCAUGCGGUGCAGUCCACACCAUGGCCCCGCCCCCAACCCCCGCCCCGCCCUCAACACGCCCCCCUUCAGCAGCCCCGCCCACAGCCAGAUUUCCGACUCUCGGCAGAUGCAGACGUCUCCGUCCUGGUCGUACGAGCAGUCCUACCCUUACCUGGGUCCCAUCUCCACCCCGGCGGUUCACCCCACGACACCCAUCUCCCCGAGCCGCAGCGCCAUACACUGUCCAGAUCUGACGGCGUUCACGGACCCUCGCGUGGGUCUGGAGCGCUCCUUCCCGUCGCUGCCCUCGCUCCCGGACGGCCGUUUCUCGGACCCCCGCGUGCCGUACCCCACGGGAGCGUUCACGUACACCCCCACGCCCGUCACCAGCGCCAUCGGCAUCGGCAUGUCGGCCAUGAGCAGCCCGGCCGGCCGCUAUCACACGUACUUACCCCCGGCGUACCCGGCGGGCUCCUCGCAGGCUCAGGCGGGCCCCUUCCAGCCCGGCUCGUCCCCGUAUCACCUGUACUACAGCAGCGCUGCCGGAUCGUACCAGUUCUCCAUGAUGCCGGCGGGAGGAGGAGGAGGAGGAGGAGAGCGCUCGCCCCCCCGCAUCUUACCGCCCUGCACCAACGCCUCCACAGGCUCCGCCCUCCUGCACCCCUCGCUGCCCAAUCAGAGCGAGGUGCUGGUGGAGGCCGAGGGAAGCCACAGCAGUUCACCAACCAGCCUGUCAGUGGAGGCCGUCUGGAGGCCGUACUGACGCCGGCUCGACCAAUAGGAGGAGGAGGAGGAGGAGGCGGGGCCGGAUUCACAGCAUACAGUACAAAAACCCAGACCCGUGUGACCCCGGACCACAAAACCAGUCAUUUUUUUUACAAUUGAGAUUUAUGCGUCAUUCGAAUAUCUAUGGGACUAUGCAUCUGAAAAACUAAGGGUGCUAAAACGCCUAAAUAUCAGGAGAAUCACUCUUGAAGUUGCCCAAAUAUUUCGGAAAUUUACACCGAACAUAAUCCUUUACUUGCAAUCCUAAUGCUAUUCGGCGCGAAAGAAAGAAAAGUCUAAUUUUGACCCCUACGAUGUGUUUUUGGCCAUUGCUGCAAAUACAGCCGAUGACUGCUUUUGUGCUCCGGGCUCGCGUCUAACAAAUAACACACUUCCGGGCGUUCACACACAGAGACGUGAACAGAAACCCGUCAUCGCUCGUGAGUUUAUGAAUAAAUUAGUUUCACGGCCGCGUGGUCUUUUUUAAACAGCGUGGUUCUUGAAGCAGAUAAACUUACAGGCUCUCUGUGAGUCACCACAGCUGUAAAAGCUCCAUCGAUUAGGAAAUACGUUUGUUCUCUGGGAUGAUGUUAUAUUAAUAGGGAAGGUUUGCCAGUGUCAUGAUAGCAGAUGAAUCCGGCCCUGAGGACGAGGGCGGCUGAAGCAGGUGGAUUCUGAUUGGACGCCACGGACGGACGUUUGUUCUUCACAGCGCAGCAUGAGACUCGUUUGUUUUUUAAAGUUGUGCAUAGUUUGUAUUGUUAUUAUUAAUAUUAUUGUUAUUAUUAUUACUGUUGUUUGUCUCGUCAUCACUGUAUAACUUUGUUCAUCGGUGCCAGAUAUGUUUCACGUCAAACCAAACCUCGAGGCCGGAAACAGACUCUACGCAAGAACUCAAACGCUUGACAAUGAGCACCGUUUCGGUGUUAAUAGAUGCAUGUAAGGAGAACCGUCCCACCAAACAAAAAUAAAACACAUUUGCAACUAUCUAGAAUUUGGUCAUAUAAAAUAAAAUACUAAUAAUGCAUUUUUUUUUUACUGAUUGCUGAUAUUAGUUAUAUUUCUUUUUGUUAUUCUGACAAUAAUUGAAUAUUUAAAUAAUUAUUUUUUUUUAGAUAAAAUGUGCUUAAAUUAUCAGACAUUUCAUAAAAUAAUUAAUAUAAAAAAAGGGAACAGUUAUUGCAAAAAUCGAAUGCUUUAUUCCAUAAUUUAAAAUAAUGAAAUUUUCGUUAUGCAUUUUACGUUUUGUUUGUUGUAUAUGAAAUGAUUGCUUGAUUAUUUUGACAAUUUUAAUAUUUAAAUAAAAGAUACCGCCUCGGCUUAAAAAUCAUCUCAGUUGAUUUGUAGAUAGUAUUUAUGAUACAAACAUGCAAAACAGAUUUACAUAAAUACAGUGCUAUAUGUCGGAAUUAAAAUACAUUACCAAUAUUUUAUUCAUCAUUUUAUGGCUGUUUUAUUACUUAUUAUGGCAACAGUAACAUUUAAAUAAUUCAAAAAAACUACAAAAAUACUACUCCAUUCAGGGAACUGCAAAAAUAUAAUGCUAAACGCAAAAACAAACAAACAUGCAUCAUAGUCUAACGAUUACGUAUUGCUCGUUUUGUUUAAAUAAAUAUUCAAGCGUUAUUAAAAUAUAAAUGAAAGUUAUCAGUCGUGUAAUAUAGAUCAAAUCACAAACCAAUCGAGUUUAGUAUUCCGUUCAGAACAUGAUAUAAAGAGAAUGAUUUGCUCAAACGUCCGUCUAGAAUAUUGUGUCAUGCCUUCGGACUCAGAUGUGAAUGCAGGGACGCACAGAACUGACCAGGCUUGUGUUGAGCUUGUGUAGAGUCCGUUUCAGGUUUCAGCCGUUUUCAGCUCACGACGGCCCCAGGUUUACGAGGCUUCGUCCGCUUCGCUGGACCACGGACCCGCUUUCUGUGUAAAUAGACUGCGAGAGACACUCGACGACGCGGCUUUCAACUUCCACGACUGUUAAACUGUUCAGAUGCAGCUUCGUUUUUUUUUUCCUUUUGUCCCUUUUCGACGUUUCUUUGGACAAUAUAACACUUUGUUGUGAAGAAACUGCUUAUUUCUA